UCUCACACACACACACACACACAAGGCAAGCACUCGUGUGAAGUUGCACAUAUAAGGAUCUUCUUCUGGCUUUCAGACGCACAAAUGGAGCAGGAUGAGACCACUGAGGACGCUGAGCUGUCAGCAGCGAUUAUGAAGAGACACUUUCGCCCGUCGCUGAUCAGAUACGAAGUGUGGGAAGGAUACGAGUUCGCAGACAAGGAGAUCAAAAUCACGGAGGCGAGGGACAGUUACGGGGCCGUUCUGUGGCCCUCGGCCAUGGUUUUGUGUCAUUUCCUCGACACGCACCGAGACGAGUAUCCCCUGACGGACAAGAGCAUCAUCGAGCUGGGCGCUGGAACCGGCCUCGUUACCAUAGUAACCAGCCUCCUGGGGGCAAAGGUGACGUCCACAGAUCUGCCGGAUGUUUUGGGGAAUCUGAGACACAACGUGAACCGUAACACCAGAGGACUGUGCAAACACGAGCCGCUUGUGACCGAGCUCUGCUGGGGGCAACAGCUGGACGAGCGAUUCCCACGCCACACCUGCCACUACGACUACAUCAUAGCCGCAGACGUGGUGUACGCACAUCCACACCUGCAGCAGCUGAUGGAGACCUUCAUCCACCUGAGCUCAGAGCACACCAUCAUCCUGUGGGCCAUGAGGUUCCGUCUGGAUCCCGAGAACCGCUUCGUGGACGCAUUUGAGAAGCACUUUCACCUGGAGGAACUUUAUAACCUGCCCAGCCUGCGGAUAAAGCUGUACCGAGCACAAAAACGACACGUUUGACCCGAACGGCCCCUAAGAACUGCAGCUAAAAUAUAUUACAGGGUGGGUUAGGAUAAAUUAGUUAAUUAAACCAUGAUUUAUUUCGUGACUCCAGAAGUUUCAAGAACUGCUGACGUCGGAAAUAAAAACAAAAGUUACUGAGAAGAUCAAACUAAAUCUCAGUAACGGAUGCUCUGCAGUGAAUGGGUGCCGUCAGAAUGAGAAUCUGAUAAAAACAGAGCCAAGAAGAAGACAAGAACUUGAUGAUGAAGAAGUGUAUGAUGUUUGUAAGUCAAUCAUUUGUGAGCACUGAUGUUAUUUUGACAUGAUCAUCUUUUUCAUUAUAUUCACUCUCUUAAGUUUUCGAUACAGAAAUACUUCAAUAUUUGGAAAUAAAAAUGAAACGUUCUGAAU